CAACCUCCAUUUCACUGCCCUAACAACUGCAUCUCCCGGCAAUUCUACCUUCUACGCCGUGACCAGCUCGACCCAAACCGCAAACCCGAGCUGCGAGAAAAACGAAGAGCCGUCACACGACUAUGCGGAGCUCAGCACGAACCACGACGACCGCCCUGGCGCGUCACUUGAACGCCGUCUUCCCGACGUCUUCCUUUCCAGCCUGCACCCGGUGUCGUGCUCCUAAACCACACACUCCACGGCUCUUCUCCCUCACUGCCUCAAGCCGCUCACCUUCCAACUUCGUAAGCCCUCCCCCACCACCGUCAUCAGGCUAUGCGGCCCUCCCUUCCCGCCGCCUCAUCUCCAUCGCUGGCCCCGAUGCACCCAAGUUUCUCCAGGGUGUCAUAACCGCCAGCAUCACCGGACCGGAAGCCGAACCUCGGAAGUCCGGCUUCUACACGGCUUUCCUCACCGCCCAAGGCCGCAUCCUCUUCGACGUCUUCAUCUACCCAGACACCCUGGGCAUCUUCCACGCCAACAACCCCUCCGACCCAUCCGCCGAGCCAGGCACCGCCUUCCUCAUCGAAGUCGACGCCGCCCAAGCCUCAAGCCUAACCCGGCACAUCCGCCGCUACAAGCUCCGCGCGCGCCUAAACGCCCGCCUCCUCGACGACGCCGAAGCCACGGUCUGGCACGCCUGGAACGACCCCGCCGGCGGCGCGGCCCUCCCGCCGCUCGACGCCCUGGCCGCCUCGGCGCCCGCCGACUCGGCCCUCGCGCUCGACACGCGCGCGCCCGGCAUGGGCGUCCGGUUCGUGCACCGCGGCGUCGAGGCCCCGCCGCUGCUCGACCUCGACGAGUCCACCGAGGCCGCCUACACGGUGCGCCGCUACCUCUUCGGCGUGCCCGAGGGCCAGCACGAGCUGGUGCGCGAGCAGGCCCUGCCGCAGGAGAGCAACGUCGACGUCAUGGGCGGCGUCGACUACCGCAAGGGGUGCUACGUCGGGCAGGAGCUGACCAUACGGACCAAGCACCGCGGCGUCGUGCGGAAGCGCGUCCUGCCCUGCGUGCUGUAUGGUUCCGAGGACCCUGUGCCGCCGACGGAGCUCGCGUACCGGUCGGAAGGUGCGGGCGCGGCGUCCGUCCGGGCCGAGGACGUCCCCGGGGAGGCGAAGAUCGAGUCGGUGGAUAAGAGGGCGCGGAACCCGGGCAAGUGGCUUCGCGGGGUCGGGAAUAUCGGGCUGGCGCUGUGUCGACUGGAGACCAUGACGGACGUGGCGGGGCCUCUGCCCACGUCUUCGUACAAGUCCACGGACGAGUUCAAGAUCGAGUGGGAGGCUGGGGAGGAUGAAGCGGGCGAGAAGACGGACGGUGGGAGCGUCAUGGUGAAGGCCUUUGUGCCGAAUUGGUUACGAGCGGCGCUGGAUGCCCAGGCGGCCCAGGCCCAGGGCAAGUCGCAGUCGCAGCCGCAGACCGAGGCUACAGAGUGAAGGUCGUACGCAUGGCUUGAUUGCAGCCGUAUAAACUUUCAUGUGUACAACUCGUGAUCAGCUGUAUAUUAUCAUGUUGGAAUUGAUCUAGCGUGGAAAUGAGAAAAAGGGU